CGACAAUACACAGUUAAAGAAGAAGAAGUGGUUAGCAAGAGAAAGAUAUCUGGCUAUCGUUGGACAUAUCGGUAACACUUGAAGUUGAUCAAUCAUGUCAGUGAAAUCGUGUUGUAUUUACAGUACGGGAGUGAUUUCUAUUCUAACUUUAAUAGCAGGCAUAGUUCUGGUGCUUUCGCAGGUGUUUCAAAAUAUCCUCAACGCGAAGAUAAAAAAGGAGAAUGUGCUCAGGAAUGGCACACAUGCAUUUGAUGUGUGGGAAAACCCACCUCCUCCAGUCUACAUGCAGUUCUACUUCUUUAAUGUGACCAACCCGGCAGAGGUACUGAAGGGAGAGCGGCCUGCUGUUCUCGAGGUCGGACCUUACACGUACAGGGAGUUUCGUCCAAUGGAGCGAGUGAAUUUCCUGGAGAAUGGAACCAAAGUGUCAGCUGUCAACACUAAGACCUAUGUGUUUCAGUCUGACAUGUCCAAAGGACCAGAGAGUGACCUGAUCAGAACAGUCAACAUCCCAGCUAUGACGGUGAUGGAAAAAUUCAAGGAUACGUCAGUUAUUGCCAAUAUCAUCUCAUCUUACAUGAAGUCGGUGAAUGAAGGCCUGUUCACUACACACACUGUGGGAGAACUGCUUUGGGGCUAUGAGGAUGGCCUUCUCAAAGCUCUGAAAGUAGUGGACCCUACAUUAGAUGAUGUGUUUGGACUCUUCUACAAGCAAAAUGCUACAGAUGACGGAGAGUAUGUGUUUCUGACUGGUCAGCAGAGUUAUAAGGACUUUGCCGUUAUAGAUCAGUGGAAAGGUCGAAGCUCUCUGACUUGGUGGACCACAGAUGAGUGUAACAUGAUCAAUGGGACCAAUGGGGCCUCCUUUCAUCCAAUCGUCACCAAGAACGAGACCCUCUACAUGUUUUCCUCUGAUCUCUGCAGAUCUAUCUAUGCCAUCUAUGAGGAGGAGAGCAGUGUGAUGGGUGUCCCAGGCUACAGGUUCUCUCCACCCAGCAAGGUAUUUGCCAACACAACAGAGAACGCUGGUUUCUGUUCCCCACCAGGGAACUGUCUGGGCUCUGGCGUGCUCCAAGUCAGUGCCUGCAAACAAGAUGCUCCGAUCGUCAUGUCCUCUCCACACUUCUACCAGGCAGAUGAGAAGUUUGUCAAAGACAUCUUCGGGAUGAAACCAAACAAGGAGCAACACGAAACCAUCAUAGAUAUCAACCCGCUUACAGGCAUCGUACUUCAGGCUGCUAAGAGACUUCAAGUGAAUGUGUUCGUGGAGAAGAUUCCUGUGUUUAGCCAAUCAGGUGAUAUCAGGACUCUGGUGUUUCCUGUACUCUAUCUCAAUGAGAGUGUUGUGAUCGAUGAGGUAUCGGCCAAACAGCUGCAGGUGAUCGUGGCGGAGGGCAACAUAGUGGUCAACAUACCCUUUAUGCUGAUUGGCUUAGGCAUCCUCCUGGGCGUGAUCUUCAUGGUGGCCCAGUGUCGUCAACGGAUCCCAGAGAGCUCUUCUGCCGAACGCCAGCCCCUUCUGAAGUCCUAGUCCCACAAGAAGUAGAAUUCGCUCCACCGGAAGUGGUAUCCUGGGAGGACAGGAUUAGGAUUUCCAUCCAUGUUUUGUUAACAAUAUCAAGGGUUCUGACUGUGUACUAUCUCCACUUUACCAGAUUUAAUCAGCUUCUACCCUGUUAACCAUAACCUCACUAUUGACUCUACUGUAAGGCUAGAUCAGGAAGCGGAUUGAGAAUGUUUUUUAAUCUUUGAAAAUGAAUAGUUAAAAUCAUUUCUAAAGUCUGACAUUUUAAUCUGUUUUUUUUAAAAUUUUUAUCCAAAAUUGUGUUUUUUUUUUUUUUUUACAUGAGUUACACGGAAGCUGACUGUACAUUUGAUUUAAUAUUUUUUCUUGCUUUUAAAUGUUGUGUUUUAGGGUCACCCAGAGAGAUGGAACACUGAUAGUAGGGAAUGGGAGAGGAUAGAACCUCGGGCAGAUUGCCAAGAUCAUGUCACCCAUUGAGAGGCUGUUGAAAAGAAUUGCAAUAUUAUUAUAAUCUAUCGCUGUCAUUAUUAGGAUUCGGAAUGUUGUAAAACUUCAAUUAAUAGCCUGGGUGUUUAUUUGCUUAAAUCACUUAACACAACAGAUGUAUAUUAGAGACAGGCUUCUAUUUGAGCCAGGCGUCUAUUUCCUUAAUGCACACAACUUUUGUUAAUUUCCAUAGUUAAUUGUUUAAUUCCAGAAUUCACUUCCAGCAUUCUAAUCAUUUACAUACUGUCAAGUUUAUUUUCUGUUAGUAUGCCUUUUAUUUAGAAAAAAAAAUGUUUCCUUGAUAGAAUAAUGAUUAUCUUCUUUGACUGUGCAUUUUCAGAAGUUCUUACUUUCACCACUAACUAGAGGGCGAUCUGACCGGGGGUCUGUACUCCCGAAGUUGUUGACUGUUUUUGUGCUUGCCAGUUAGUUAGCAGUUCUCAGCUGUUAGCAGCCAAAUGCUAGAGGUUUCUUUUAAUGGCGAUUAAAAACGGAUGAUUGCUAUAA